AUGUUUUUAACAUCACUUAGCAACAAACAAUGGGAUUCAACUUGGGAUGGCUUGCCUAGAGAAAUUCGACUUCUCAUCUUAGAAGCCCUGGUGCAAGGUGGAUGCAGACUGAGUCGCUUGGCCACAGUGUCCAGAGAGUGGCAGACCGAGCUCGAGCGACAUAACUUUGCUCAAAUCAAACUGACACCAUCGCGACUCGUUAAUUUCAAUUCGAUAAUUCAUCGCAAUCGGGCUUUUGUUAGCUAUAUUUGGUUCUGCUUGGAACUUGAUGAAUACGAUUGCACCAAGUGCGCGCCAGCCGGUGCAGGCUCGGAUUAUGAAGAAGCAACCACUAUCAGUGAUACAGAUCACUGUCCUAUCACCACAUCAUUUCGGAAUCUCUUCUCCGUUCUCAGCAGAUGGGGUCCUGGCGCCGGUUUGAUACUCGAUAUUAGUAUCUAUUUGCCUAGUGACUCAAAACAUUGGUUUAAAUAUCGGACCUUUAUGCCCGAUACUCCUUUAGACCCGUUAGGCAGUCGGCACAGCAUAGAUCAGAUAGUCUCAAGCAAACCAGUCUAUAAUGAUCCUCAAAAUGGAUGGGUUAAUGGUUUCCGACAUUCCGCUCCGCCUUCAAGGGCAGUUCUCAAAGUUUUUCAUUCAGUCAUGGGAGAGGGACCAUUUGAUAGUGAUCAGGAAGAGCUACAAUGGUGGGAUCAGCUUCCAUCGGUCCCGGCGGUAACCACAUUACUUCUCCGGCAACAGAACCGGCGGAGAUGGAAGCCAGAAGCGCUUGCACAUAUGUUUGCCUGGUUUCCCAGACUUCAAGAAGUCCAUUAUGAACCCUGGAGAGAAUGGGACUUUAUGAAGAUGCAUACAGAUAGAAAGUAUCUAUAUCUUUUCGAGUCUAUCCAACGUUUUAACAGUGAUCUUAAGAGACUUGUGGUCUUUGAGAACUUUAAUCAACAGUAUCCAACUAUUAUGCAGCGAUUCCAGUUUGCUAAAUGCGACAGUAUUCGCAAUCCAACACCAGCUGUCAGCCAGAUGGUCGCGCUUACUAGCCUUAAGCUUGAGCAUCUUGCAGCAUCAUUUAUCGUAGAUGCUAGCCACUUCUUUAACAUCAUCAAACCGUCUUGGGAAUGGCCAAACCUAACUUCGCUUGUACUGACUUCAAACUUGCUUUCACCAGAUGAAAGUCCAAUCAAGAUUAGAGCUAUGCUUCAGGCUGCGGCGGCAGUGACUACAAAGAUGCCACAACUGGAAAGAAUGGAAAUUUGGAACGGACGAAAGGGCUUAGCAGCGCUCUUUAAAUAUCAGGUGUUCUACAAUAUACGGCAAGCUAGAAUCACUUGGAGAGGCACCUGGAAUCUUGUCAUGGAAUCUUCCAUAGUCCAGGCUUGGGAAGAACUACUGGAUGGAGCUACUAUCAAAUCUCACGGUGACGCAAUUCGACACCUUAUGCUUUCAGGCCAGGUCAUUCGGCCUAUCUCGUUGCAGCAGAUCCAGACAGAACAGAGUGCCCUAGAGAGCGUAGAAACAGUGUAA